AUGUCCAAUCUCAGGGUCCUCAUUGUUGGUGCCUCUAUUGCAGGCCCGACGGCGGCUUACUGGUUUGCCAAAGCUGGAGCCAAGGUCACAGUGGUUGAACGAUUCCCACACAUACGCCCCAAUGGCCAAAAUGUCGAUAUCCGCACUGUCGGCGUCACAGUCAUGCGAAGAACACCAGGGAUGGAGGCGGCCGUGCGAGCUAAGGUGAUGCCCUACGAAGGAAUCAGCUUCGUCGGCUCCAAUGGACGUCCAUUUGGAAUCAUCAGAGCCACCGGGAAUCCCGACCAGCAGUCGCUCGUCUCCGAGUACGAAAUACUCCGCGGCGACCUGUCACAGAUUCUCUUCGACAUGACCAAGGACAACGAGAACAUCAGCUACGUUUUCGGCGAGCAAGUCGCUUCGAUGCAGCAACACGAGCAAGAGGACGGGCCUGUUACGGUCGAGUUUGCCAACGGCUUCCCAGCCUCGGAAUUCGACCUCGUCGUCGCUUGCGAUGGUGCAACGUCGAGAACCCGCGCUCUUGGUCUCGGCUGCGGUGUCCGGGACCACAUUAAGUCGAUCAACUGCUGGGUGGCUUACUUCUCCACGCAACAAGAUAUUCUAGAUGGAAGCAAGCUGGGUCAGUCGUACAGCGCCCCCGGUGGUCGCUGGAUUGCCGCCGGAUCCAACCCAGCGGGAGGAAGUCGCGUUACGCUUAUGGGUCUUUAUCCCCGCGACAAUCUUGACAUCACACGCUCCUUCCGCAGCGCAAUGGCACAAGGGGAUGUGGCGUUCAAGCAACAUAUAGCCCAGCACUUCAAGGGGGCCGGGUGGAAAUGCGACGAAGCCAUAGAGGGCAUGAUGGGGUCGCCGGACUUCUAUGCCAGCGAGAUUGCCCAGGUCAAACCCCCGAGUCUGUGCAAAGGACGUUUCGUCUUGGUUGGUGACGCGGGCUACGCGGCAGGCCCGACUGGUGGCGGGACAAGUCUUGCCAUUGCUGGUGCCUAUGUCCUUGCGGGCGAAAUCAGCAAGCACAAGGGUGAUCUGGCUGCGGGGCUGCAGGGCUACGAGGAGCGGAUGCGGCCCAUCAUCGACGAUCUCCAGAAGAUCCCAUUCCUCGUCCCGACCGUGUUGGCGCCACAGACGACCUGGGGGCUUUGGGUGCGAAAUUCCAUAAUAUGGUUUAUAUGCUGGACGAGGGUGAUGCAAUUCUCUCAGAGGUUCUUUGCCAACUCCUAUGGUAGCGGCGACAAAUACCGGCUGCCUGAAUAUAGUUGGGAUAAAUGA